AUGUCGCUGGAAAAUCGCGACGAGGCCAUCCGCGAGGCCAAAAUAUUCGUUCGCCAAGUUGUGCGCAAUGACUGGGCAUUCGACUCUACUGCAUACGCGGAUGGGACAUGUCCCAACUCGUCCUCAUCUACCGCUACGACCGGCGCUCUCAUUGAGAACCGCGAAGUGACCGAAUGGCGAUGCCGUGAGUUUGAUAGCUCAGGCUCAGAGCUCGAACCGCAGUCAUCUGAUCAUGAUGAUUCCGACUCAGGGUCCCCAUUCAGACCUGGGGACCCUGAAAUCGAGCGGCGGCGCAAGCGCCGGCGGCAGAUGGAGGAGGAGAUGGCUUGGAAUGAGGGAUUACGAAUGUGGAUGGCCAGACGGGACGCAUGGUCGGGGGCGAGAACCCGGCGGCAGGUUCUCUCCAAGGCACAGAAGCAUAAGACUGCUGCUGCGCAAAACCAGACAAACGGCUCGUCUGAUGUGAACGGCGUGGAAGCUGCAGGGGAGAGUGCGGGGGUUCCCCCGCCUGCGGAUCCUUCGGGCCAUUCUGAGGGCGGUGACACCAGGGCGCUCGCGAAGAAGACAGGGUCGUGUCCUUCGAUUACGGAGAAGGAAAGGCUUGAAGAACAACAGCGGCGCCAGGACCAAGAGGACGAGCAGUCAACUGCUCCCGAUGAUGAGAAGCGCAAGGUAUCGACAGAAACUAGCAUCACCGAACCGGACCAGACUACAAGCUACACGUUGCCUAUAACCUCCGCAGCAAUCGACGACGGCGAUUUGGGCGAAGAUCAAGAUUCGGAAGAGGACGAGGAGCUCGAUGAGCCCCUCAUCCCAGUUGCGCCUCCAUUCAUCGCGCCCUCCAACCCUGUUCGGGCAACCAUCACUCCUUCCAUCUACCCGUCGAUUUAUACCAAAGUCGUCGUGCAGGGCAUGACCCCCACCAUUCCCGUCAACCUGGCUGACUUGACCAAGGCAAUGGUCCAGGGUUGGAAGUCAGACGGACAGUGGCCACCAAAGCCGGCCGUUUCGUCCAUUGUCCUCCAGGACGAUGCUUCCGUCCCGAAGAAAACAGCGGACUCUACUGCCGAUGGAGCCUCUCAAUCAAGGCGGAAGAAUAGCAUCACCAGCGCCAUGCGUAAGGUGUUUCAUAUCGGAACGCACCCGUUCCAUCGCCGCGGAUCUACUAGUCAAGCUUCCGGCACCGAAAACGCGGUUGUUACUGGCACUGGUGGCCCUACGGCUUAA